CAUGUCUUGGGAAAUUCGGGAUCGCUAUCUAUGGUUGGGCUUUGGUGCCUUCUUGUUUGUCGCUGUUAGACAAAUCUCAUCCUCCCUCCAUACUACCAUCAAGUUAAGCGAGGUUUAUGAUCCCGAUCAUGCAAAGGCUGCAAAUGAUACCCAGGCAGAAGACGCCGUAAGCCUUGAAGCAUUGUCGACCUUGGUCACCUCACCAAACCAGGACAUAUCAAAUUCCGCAAUAUCCCUGAUCCUCUCUCGCUUCGCCCAAGAUGAACAAGCAACCUCAUCACUAACCAUCGACCUCUUCUCCUCUUCUCCCGCCACUCGUCUUAAAGCCAAACAAUCCCUCGAUCUCUUCGACAAUCAUUACACCCUAGACCUUUACCCCCUAAACGACACCACAGUCUCUUCCCUCCACGACAAAUCAAACCCAACAACCCAACUAAUGUGCCGAGCCUACUUUCGCGCCGCCAGAAAGUAUCGUCAAGGACGACUAGGUUCAUUAGUUGAAAUUGCAGUUGCGGUGGAAGAGUCAACCAGGAUUUCUCAGAGGUCACAACGAGGCCAGAGAUAUCCAGAGACGCAUUUUGUGUUUCCGCAGGGGAGGGAGGGGGAAGUGGUGGGGAGAUUUCAACCUGCCGGGCAGAGGGUAGAGUCGUUGGUUGGUUUGUUGGCUGAGCAGGCGGUUGCUACAAGACCGAUGGUCAGAUUCGCUGCUGUUGCUUCUGGAGAGACUAGUGGGGUUGCUUCUUCUACGACUUCUGAGCUUCCGGUUUUGGAAGAGGUCGAGGUUGUUGUUGUUGAUGAUCAACCACGUGUUGCUAGAGCGAGGUUUCAGUCGUCUACUAAUCAGGAGGCUGAAGCGAGGAGACGGAGGAGAGAAGUUAUGGUCUUGCAUGAAGGCGGAGGUAUGAUCGGGACGGAUGAUAUUAUCCAUCCUCGCACAAACAACCGCUCCUAGGUACACGAAGAGCGUGUCUUAUCAGUCCUAGGAGGAAGUGAACGAUCACAGUUGGCAAAUGAGGCCUCGGCCAUGAGUAUCAAUGCUGUUGAAAUUGUUCUUGAAUUAUCUCAGUGUCUGUGCACCAUGCUAAAGGUGCCGUAUAUCCCUACCUAGAUGACCCUCCAUGACACGCCUAUACUCCUAGUUCAAAUAUUAAAACAGGACACCAGUCUACCCUCAUGUACGCCAAAAGCCCUAGUCGUGUAUACAAGAAUUGAUUUUGAUCAUCCGUCUACUCGAACGUCAUCGACAGUUCCUUCUCCUUACCAAAAUCAUCGUCAUCGUCCGCCCAUGCAUUACGCUCAUAAGACAUCGGCGUGUUAUUUGAC